AUGGCACCCACCACCCGCGAAAAAGACGCCGCUAAACAAGGCGGUCACAACUCCUCCGAUCUCGAUGGCGAACACAACGAGUGGAAAUUCCGCGAGCCAUACAAAGUACACGAGAAUGAUGAGAACUUUAAAGCGUUAUACGAAGGGAGUUGUCAUUGUGGGCGGGUGCGGUAUCAGCUGAGUAGGGAGAAGCCGCUUGAUGCCAAGUAUUGUCAUUGUUCUACCUGCCAGGUUUUGCAUGGAGCACCGUUCCAAUGGGCAGCCAUAUUCCACAAAUCAGACAUCAAUUUCACCCACGGUCAUUCUGACCUUGGCUGGUACGAAAGCAGCGAGAAAACUACUCGCCACAAACUUCCUUGCAAGGUGUCAUGUGCCUAUUGUCGUUCCCCGAUCAUGGAUGAGGGACGAAAUAUGAUUUUGUUGUUUCCGAGUUUGAUUAAGUUCAAGAGUAAGGAGGAGAAGAAGAACUUUGAUCCUACAUGUCAUAUGUUCUACUCCAAGCGCCUAGUCGACAUCCCAGAUGGACUUCCUAAGUGGAGCGAGAUGCAAAACAAAAGUGACCUCAUUGAAGAUAGUCCUCCAGAGGCUAUCAAGAAACGAAAGCGUGAGAUAGAAGACGAGAAGAAGAACGGCGAAAAGGACAGCAAGUCAGCAAAGAAAGACUCUUGA